UGAUCAGUUUGCUGUGAGAGGUUCGAACAGAAAGAUCGCUAUUUCGUUUGAUUCCCGUGCGCCUCACUAAGAGAAGACACAGACACACGCUGAACCCCAACAACGAUGGUAAACAAUUUAUAUUAAGCGGAUCUAGACACAGAGAUAAAAAAAAAAUUCCUUCGAAAACAACGAACAAAACGUUGAAUCGAUGUGUGUCUGAUCCUGAUACUGAAAUGGACUCGAAACAGUGACGAUUUUCGGUGUUAAACGACAACCAAAAAAAAAAAUAAUUGUGUGCAAAACAAAACGAAACGAUACGUUGUAGUGCAUGUGCGUUAAUCAAAAUUCAGUGAAUUCUUUUGCACAAUUUAUUAAUAAAUUUUUGUUGUUUGUUCGUCAUUCUGCUGGGUUCUUCGUUGAACAUGUAAAUGAAGAGAACGAUUUGGUUUUGAUCAUAAAAAAAAGAGGAGUGUUUUUGUUUCUCUUUAUCAGCGAUUCCAUCCAAUGCUCGGCGAGUGAGAGAACGAUUGAACAGAGACGAACACAACUGAGUUGUGUUGAGAAUCGGCAAAGAAGUCAGUGAUCUUAGUCAAACCGAAGAAAAAUAAAUCGGCAAUCAUUUAAUUUACCGAAAUUUUUCGUUGCCUUUCGUUGUGUUUUUCCGUCUGAAUUGACAUACAAAAAGCAGGUUCGAGGAAACUGAAUAACGACAAUUAAUUAAAAAUAUCGAGGAAACAACCAUUUUUUACUUGACUUGCUGCUUGUUUUCAUGUGUGUUCGUGAGUUUUUUUUUUAAUUUUCGGUGUCAUUUUGGCCAACGAUUAGAAUUCGAAUGCGUACAACGAUAAAGUGUCUGACGCGAAAAACCUUGAAGAACGCAACAGUUUUUUUUGGAAUGGGGCAAAACAACGGCAAAUUUAAGAAGACAGAAUAAAAUCGAGAAAGAGCGACAAAAAAACGACGACGAUAACGACGAUCGACGACAACAGAACAGAUCGUAAAGAACAAACAAUAGAUAUUUUUUUGCUGCUACUGGCUACCACAUCCAGCUACCUUCUUUUUUUUUUUAGCAACCAACGUAAACCAAAAACGAUAUAAUAAUGGCGUUCAAUGCAGUGGUUUUCGCUUUUCUUCACUUACACGCAAUCAUAAAAAUAGCGCAGUCAGCACAAAUUCCAAAUCAUUCACAUAUACUAUCCGUGUCAACAGCAACAAAAGAGCCCACCGUGCGGAUAAAAUGUUUAACGGGUUCGAUGCUUAUUACGAUUAAAGAUGCACCAACUAGUCCAGAUGAUGAUCUAUUUAGUGGCAUGAUUUAUCCAAAAGGCUUGUCAAAGAAUUCAACGUGCCUGACGGAAUACAGGCAUCAUGAUGGUCCAUUGAAAUAUAAGCUGCCAUUAAGGAGCUGUAAUACAAUGCCACAGGAAACGGAUGACAAUGAUAUUGAAUUUUUCAAUACAAUUGUACUGCAACCACAUUUGAAGCUGGUUACGGAUUUGGGCCGUGGAUAUCACGUACGAUGCCGAUACAAGAGUCGUGAAGCGGCCGCUGCAGCGAAUAAUGAAACGAUUGACAACGAUUCGCCCGGAGCAUUAAUUGCCAGCGGUGAUGAUGAAGCGAAAAAUGCCACCGAUCGACGAGAACAUGGUCGAUCGCUUGGCACUUACGGUACAACAACCAAUGAGGUUCCGAUGCCUGGAUGCCAUAUGAAAAUCUAUUCAGGUAAAAAUAUCGCCGAAAAUGUGAAAAUCGGCGAUCCACUCACACUGAAAAUAUACAUCGACAAACAAGACGUGUAUGGUAUGCACAUUUUGGAUUGCAACGUACGCGAUGGACUCGGAUGGGGCGAACAAAAUCUAGUCCAAUCAGGGUGUCCAUUGGAUGGUGAAAUUAUGGGUCAGUUUAAAUAUUCCAAUGAUCGUAGUGAGGCGUCAGUAUCAUUCCCAGCCCACAAAUUCCCAUACACCGCAUCCGUUUACUACGAGUGCAACAUUCGAUUGUGUCCACUUCAAGAUCCUGAAUGUCAACAGGCUCCUGAAUGUUUGCAGAGAAAGCGUCCAAAGCGAGACACAAAAAAUGAUACCACCUUUGACGAUGGCCAUCCAGCGACCAUCGAAGUGUAUUCGGGUCUUUAUGUCAAUGAAAAUGCCGAAAUAGUCGAAGGCACUGAUGACAGCGUGUUUGCAGAAAAGAGACCAGACGAUGCGCUGUGUAUAUCACAAAAGAGUUUUGCCAUUGCUAUCUCAAUAGCGGGUCUCAUCUUGAUGUUGUGCGUUGUGGCUGCCGUACUGUGCAUAAUGGCACGACGACGCAGUAAAACCGUAUCAAACUCAGGCAGCUCAAUCUACAGUGGACCAUAUACCAAUACAGCUUUUUCGCAUAGUAGUUAAAACGAUUCAAUAGCAAAAAAAAAUGGGAUUCAAUUUAAUUAAAAACGAAAACAAUACAAGAAAAUAAACUGAAAUUCCCGUUUUACGCACACACCGACUCGUCAUUUUAAAUGGUGGGAUUAGUGUUUUGUGUGUGGUACAUGUUGAAUGCAAAUUUUCGCCGGAAGAUCCAAGAAAAUAUUGACAUGAAAAAUGUAUAAAUGUGAUGUUCCAAUGAUAAUAAAAAAAAAAAUAAACAAAGAACCAUAAGAAAUAUUGCCUCUAAAAAUAUAGUAAAUUAAAAUGAAUCCAAACAAGCAAUAUAAAUACGUCUCUAAACUGGAUUGUCGAACGAAUUCAAUUUUUUCGAAUGAAAAAAAAAAUCUACACAAAUUUUGCAAAAAAUUCCUGAACAAUUUUGAUUGUCAAAAAAAAAAAUGUACGAGUAAUGCAUGGAAAUCGUGUUACUGUUCGUUGAUUUGAUGGAAUUGCCACCAAAAUUCAGUAUUUCCGUAUACUCGGUAUGUUUCGUCGGCAAUUCUCACACUUCAACGAAUUAAAUCAAGACACAUUUCGAUGCACCAGUCAUGCGGUCCAAUCCGCAAAACAUAAUCUUAAUUAAUCGUAUGUCAAACGUUUAACAUAGUUUAAUUUAAAUAGAAAAGACAAACGAAAUGCGAUUGAGAUACAAAAAAAAAACGUGAAAAAAUUGGUUUUUCAGUUCAAAAUCCAAGCACAUGCAGAACAAGUCCAUGUAUUUAUAAUAAUCGUAGUCAACGUACUUUUUUUCUCUCUUAACGUCAAACAUAAAUUAGAUAGACAUAUGAAUAAAAACGUAGAAACAAAAACAGCGAGCAAUCGAUUUAAUUGGCAAAUCGCAUCUGAAUCUGUCUAAUUUAACUUCGGGUUUUCUUUGCUUUAGUUUAUCUUCCUCACCUCAGUUUCAUUAAGAUCCGUUCCGAAAUUUUCAUCCCCUCCCGCAAGAAAAAAGAUUAGGAAAAAAAGAAAUAAUGAACGAAAUUCCAUGAAAAAUACACUAUUACACCCACAAUUACGGUACGAAAAAGUGGAAAAUGCACUUUUUUUCUAAAAAAAUUGAAUUUAGAACUUUUUUCACACCAUUCUUCCUACAUCCUCUCUCCAAAUUCCCAAGUGUAAGUAAUUUUUGUACAUAGACAAUUCGGAAUCGAAACGUAUUUAUCGUAUAAAAAAAAAGCAAAUCAAACAACAAAAUGGUUAACUUUUAGCUAAACGAAUAGUCAAACAUUAUAAUAAAUUAAGCGAUAAGAUAUUAAGAAGUAAACAAUCUAUUGACAACAAAUACACAUAAAAUACUAAAAACCGAAAAUAAAA